CCAGCUCGGCCAUUUCCUCGUCCUUCUAUACUGAAGCUAAAUUACGCACAAACACAAACGAGCCGAUCCAUCUUGUCAUGGCCGAAGCGGAAUUCCUGCCGCACGGCCGUGGCGACGCCGUGCGCCGCCACUUCCUCAUCGUGGCCUUCGGAGUCCAGAGCCACAUCAACCCGUGUCGCGUCCUCGCGCGCAGGCUCGCGCAGCUCCAAGAUGAAGACGGCUCUAGCCCCGUCCUCGCCACGCUCUCCGUCCCGUUGUUCACCCACCGCCGCAUGUUCCCUUCGUCCGGCGACGGUGUGUUGGACGAGGAGGAGGCCACAGACGGCGUCAUCUCAUACGCUCCCUACUCCGACGGCUUCGACGACGGCACCGACGCCAAGGACGCCGAUGGGAGGGCGCGCAUCCGCCGCGCGAGCUCCCAGAGCCUCUCCGCCGUCGUCGCGCGCCUCGCAGCACGCGGCCGGCCCGUUACGUGUAUCGUGUGCAGCCUUAUCCUCCCCUGUGUACUGGACGUCGCGCGGGAGCACGCCAUCCCCAUGGCCGUGUUCUGGAUCCAGCCGGCCACGGUCCUCGCCGCCCACUACCACUACUUCCACGGCUACGGCGAGCUCAUCGCGUCCCACGCCGCCGACCACGCGUACGAGGUGGCCCUGCCAGGGCUGGGCCGGCCUCUCCGGAUCCGCGAUUUCCCGUCGUUCUACGUCGACACCACCGGCGGCGAGGUGGCCAAGUUCGUCAUCGAAAUGUUCCGCGAACAGUUCGAGUUCAUGGAAGCACAGGGGCAAAGUGCCAAUAAGUACCUCGUCAACACAUUCGACGAGCUGGAGCCGGCGGCACUUGCAGCCGUGAGGCAGCACCUGGACGUGUUCGCCGUCGGGCCCGUGCUAGGGUCCUCGGCCGACGCACGGAUCCACCUGUUCGACCACGCCAACGCCGACAGCAAGAGGUACAUGGAUUGGCUCGGGGCCCAGCCGGAGAAGUCGGUGGUGUACGUCUCGUUCGGCAGCAUAUCGACGUACGUCAAGCAGCAGAUUGAGGAGAUCGUGCACGGGCUGCGGCGGUGCGGCCGGCCGUACCUGCUCGUCGUGCGCAAGGACGGGCGGCAAGAGGACGUGAGCCGCUGCCUCGACGACGUCAUUCGGGAGGGGCAGGGGAUGGUGGUGGAGUGGUGUGACCAACAGGCAGUCCUGUCGCACCCGUCCGUGGGAUGCUUCAUCACGCACUGCGGCUGGAACUCGACGGUGGAGGCCAUGGCCCUAGGCGUGCCGGUCGUCGCCGCGCCGAGCAUGUUCGAUCAGCCGACGAACGCCUUCUUGAUAGAGGAAGAGUGGGCUGGCGGCGUCAGAGGGGAGCGCAACGGCGAGGGCGUCUUCACCGGCGCGGAGCUCGCAAGGUGCGUCGAGAUGGUCAUGGGCAGUGACGCGAGGGCCGUGGAGAUCAGGGAAAGAGUGGAGGCUCUGAAAGGGAUGGCGCGACGGGCAGCCGCUUCUGGCGGGCCUGCGGAGAGAAGCCUCCGAAGCUUCGUCAAAGCUUGCACGAAGGAUUCGAUGUCACCAACCAUGUCGGAACCGAUUUUGUCAAAGGAGGAAAUUUAGCGUCAUCGAUCAACAUCACCGAUACUAUAUGCUGCCAGGUGGCCAUGAGUUAAAUCGCAGAGUUGAUCGGAUCAAUAAGAAGUUUACUUAAAACGAUUAGGUUUAAGGAUAAGAAUUACACUUUUGCAAUUCUGAAGCAAGCACUUGUAUCGUCUACAUAUGACCAAGCUCGUCUGGGACAAUUGUUUUUGGACAACGUUUUUCAUGUAGCUACUGAAUUUAUAGAUUUCAGUAUUGAGUUUUGCCCUCGGGUAUGUUAUAAGCCUGAUCAUGUGUUAGCAGCUUUGGGUAUAGAUAUGGGCCACAACAAUCACA